AUGGGUUGCACAACAAUUAGUUGAUGCGUUCAAGGAAAGACCACACUGGCCAGCUAAGGAAGUCAUUGAGACUGUAAAGGGGCUUACAAGGCUGUAAUCAAAAGGAACUUUGCAUAUAAAGUGAAAUACUAUGCACAUAAGUUACUUCAUGGAUCGAUGGAGGAGCACUACAACAAAGUUGGAAGAUAUUUGGAGGCUUUGAAGAUGUCAAGUCCUAGAAUUGAAUUGAACUUGAUUACAGACCUAAGUAAGAGCAAUCCAUCCCCAAUAUUUCAAAGGUUGUUCAUAUGCUUCGAAGCUCUUCAAAGGGGAUGGAAGGAAGGGUGUAGGAAGGUGAUAUGUGUUGAUGCUUGUUUUUUAAAAACAUUUCUUUGUAGACAAUUAUUGUGUGCUGUGGGUAGAGAUGGUAAUGAGCAAAUGGAUCCAUAGCAUGGGCGGUUGUUGAAGGAGAGAAUAAUUUGUCAUGGGAGUGGUUUUUCAUCCAACUUCAAAGAUGCCUUGCCUUAGGGGAUGGUGAUGACAUAGCUAUAAUUUCUGAUGAGCAUCAGGCCAUUUUAAAUGUUGUUUCAAGUGUUCUUCCUCUAGCUUAACAUAGACACUGUGCGAGGCACAUAUUUGCACUAUGGCACAAGUCUUUCAAAGGAGAUGAAAUGAAGCUUUUGUUUUGGAAGAUUGCCAAAACUUACAACAUGGCAGAUUACAAUGACGCCUUCGAUGAAUUGGAAAGGGUGAAUCCAGAGGCUGCCACUGCUUUCAAGACCUACAACCCGAAGCUCUUUUGUAGGUCAUUUAUAAAGGCAAGUAUAAGAACAGAUGUUAUAACCAACAACAUGGUUGAGAUCUUCAACGGCUACAUCAUAAAUGCUAGAACAAAGCAUCUAAUAUAUAUGCCGGAGGACAUACGAACUACAUUGAUGCAAAGAUUGGUGUUAAAAAGAGAGGCAAUGGAGAAGGAGGACUCAAAACUCUGCCCAAGAAUCCAAACCAAACUUGAAUCGGAGAAGGCUAAAGCUGCAUAUUGUGAUGUUCUUCCUUCCAGCUUGCAUACAUUUCAAGUGAAUCUCUACCUGGAUAGUCUGAAUGUGGACUUGGAAGCAAGAAGUUGUACAUGUAGGAAGUGGGAUAUGUCUGGCAUACCAUGUUGUCACAGAAUAGUUUGCAUAUCCUUCAUUUCAUAAAGAAGCUGAAGACUUUGUUGAAGACUGCUACAAGAGGGAAACUUAUUUGAAGGCAUAUGCAGGGUCUAUUCCCCCAUGUGAAGGUGAUAGACAUUGGCCUAGGAUAGAGUGUAAGUUGUAUCCUCCUCCAAUAAAAAUGGGUCCUGGAAGACCUAGACGGAAUAGGAGAAAAGACCCUUUUGAAA